AUGGACUGUAAAGUGUUGCUGUUGGGAGCCGGUGGGCUCGGGUGCGAGUUGCUCAAGAACCUCGUGCAAUUGCAAGUCAGCGAGGUCCACAUAGUAGACUUCGACACGGUAGAGUUAUCGAACCUCAACAGACAGUUCCUCUUCACAGAGGCAGACAUCGGAAGCCCCAAAGCGGAGGCCGCUGCAAGGUACUUCCACAAGGCGCAAGUCAGCAUCACCCCGCACGUGUGCGACUUGACGUCCCUCAGCACGCAGUUCCUCACACAGUUCGAUGUCGUGCUCUCGGGACUCGACAGCAUCGCCCCAAGAAGACACAUCAAUAACGUGCUGUGCUCGCUGGCACUUACGUCUCAAUUCAGUACACUCAUCCCACUGAUAGACGCGGGCACGGAGGGACUCAGGGGGCACGUCAAAGUCGUCGUCCCGGGGGUCACAUCCUGCUGGGAGUGUUCCCUGGGGACAGUGCCCGCCGAGGGGGCAGAGACAAACGUGCCCAUGUGCACCAUCGCAAACAACCCUCGCACCCUCGAGCAUGUAGUCGAGUACUUCGUCGCAACUGAAGCGCCGGCACUCGACAACGACACGACGGGGACAGCACUUCAAGAACUCGUUGCCAAGUGUCGGCACAGGGCACAAGAACACGGGAUCGAUCCUCAGGGGAUCACGGGCGCGUACGUCAUGGGGGUAGUGCGUCGGAUAAUCCCGAACGUCGCCACAACGACAGCCAUGGUCGCAGCACACGCAACGAACGAACUCAUCAAGUGGCACCUGGACCUCGUUGCGGACCCGCCGGCGUACUGCAACUUCACCGUCGUCAACGGCACACAGGGCCACUUCCAGUACGCCUUCACCUACGCAAGAGACAGCAACUGUGCCGUCUGCAGCGAACUCUUCACCACUUAG